CAAUCAUGUGGAAAUUCCCCGCCGAGCGGCGUAUAAAAAGAGAAAAGCGUGGAAGGAGACGCUGCAUCGCCGAUCGGACGGCGCUCAUCACGACCAUGGGGAGGAUCAUCUUCUACGAGGACAGGAACUUCCAGGGCCGCUCCUAUGAGUGCAGCAGCGACUGCGCAGACGUCCACCUGCAGCUGAGCCGCUGCAACUCCUGCAGGGUGGACAGCGGCCUCUUCGUGCUCUACGAGAAGCCCAACUUCACGGGCCUGCAGGUUCUGGUGCGGCCGGGCGAGUACCCGGACAGCCAGCGCCUGAUGGGCCUGAGCGCCGCCGACUGCAUCCAGUCCUGUCGCAUGAUCCCGGUCCUAAUCCCUAUGUUCUAUGAUAGCCGGCUCGGUGUCGUUGGCCCGUCUUGUAUGUAUUUCCCCCCUCAGCACCGCGGCCAGUUCCUCAUGAGGAUCUACGAGCGCGAGAACUUCGGAGGCCGGAUGCAGGAGCUGAGGGAGGACUGCCAGUCCCUGCAGGAGCGCUACAGCAUGUCCGACUGCCAGUCCUGCAUCGUGAUGAGCGGCCACUGGCUCCUGUUCGAGCAGCCCGGCUUCAGAGGCAGGAUGGUGUACCUGAGGCCCGGCGAGUACCGGAGCCUGAGGGACGCGUCCACCGGCAGGUUCAGCUCGGUCCAGCGCAUCACGGAGGCCUGCUAGAGCCGAAAUAAAGAACCCUGAACGCA